UGGCAAAAAAUAAUACAGCCAUCUGAAAUACUGCACGUGCUUUGUAUACUAUAAAACAUAUAAUCUGCUUGGUAUAAAUUAUAUCAUUGAGCGCUUUCAAAACAACACUUUUUGCAGUUAAGAACAGAGAUAUUAUAUCGGAUUCGUGAAAUUAUUAGCAACAAGAUAACAACAUGAAUAUUUUUGGGGAAAAGACUUUAGUUGACAACUGGUUUGAAGACCGAGUUCUAGAAGAAGACAAAAUUAAAGAGUAUCUCGAAAAACGAGAACGCGGCGAACUUCUUAGUCAGAAAAACGCGUCACUUUCAACGGCUAUGUUGAACGCGACUCAACUCGCUACUUCGGCCGACGGGUGGGUUAAGUUCGGGGAUCAAGUCGUGUUUCAGAACCCUCAUUUAUUCAAUGAUGAGCAUCAUUUGGCUCUGACAUUCGCAGGCGAAACUGCGACAGCACUAGAGUACAAAUCUCCCCAGGUGCGAAACACAUUUAUAAUCUUCCCUACUGACGGUUCCAAAAUGGGGGACAAACUGCGCUACUGUCAGCCAUUCGCGAUCGCAACCCACCCGAGUAUCAGUCCCGAGCCCAAGUUCAUGCAGAGCGAAGACGGGGGGUUAUUGAACACCAAAAAAUCUCGGACCCAACCAAUAAGUUUUUCGGACACCCCCUCGUAUUUGGCCCUGUGGAGGAUACACUGUUUUGACCCCCAGUUGAGGCUGGAAACAGACGGGAUGCCUGUUCCUGUGAAUUCACCGGUGAUUGUUAACCACAGCAAGACUAACAACAAUUUGACAUACUUGGAGGCCUUUACUAUCGCCACGCCAUUCGGAACAGGUCAAGAGGUCACGGCGAGGACUGAACUUGACAGCCACAACGCAGAGUGUAAAACGAACCACUGGAAGCUACUAUACAAAUAGACAGUUGGGCUAGAUCCAAUCUCAAAGACAUGUGGAUGGAACUGAUAUUAACCCGCACUAUUAUUUCAAUUAAAUUCAAAUGAGCUUGUCUGAUUUUUCCUCGACAAUGUAAAAUAGAUUUUCUAGUCGCAAA